AUGGCGUCUCUAAAUCCCUCCGGAGAGCAUCAAACGCAAACACAAGUGACUUCGUCCCAGCUGAAGCGAACAACCUGCAACUUAUGCCGCGAGCGCAAGGUGCGCUGCGACCGAGAAAAGCCGCAAUGCCAUCGCUGUCGAAAAUCGGGCCUGACGUGCGUCUAUCCCUCGGACAAGACAGACAGCGAUGAGAUCAAGUCGGCGUUGAACCUGCUUCACUCCCGUCUGCUGCAAGCGGAAACGAAGCUCCAGGAACAAGGCCUACGAUUCACGACUCAGUCGACGAAACCGAACUCUGCCUUAUCCCCAAGCUACACGUCGCAGGAUUCCCAGUUUGUGUAUGACCCACUGUCACAAGGCGAUGGCAUGGACUACUCGAAUUUGGUAUUCUCAGAGUCUGAUCCGAGCAACUACAAUCAGCUGCCCACCAUGAUCGAUGUUGUGAACAGCUCUGGCACAGAUGGGACUCCUUCAGAUCUAGCUUUGAAUCUAACCAGCCUAAACGACAAUCCCCCCACAUUCAACCCACUGUUCGAGCAACCCACUCACUCCCCUUAG